GCCCCCACCCUUUUUGCAAAGGGCGAGCGAGAGUGUUGCAUGCGAGGGCGCGUUGCAUGCACAGUCGCCGUAUGUGACUCUCCCGCUCUUCCUUUUGCUUCCAGCCGGGGCCGCGUCCGCUUUCCCUCGCAAGGUUGCAAAAGCAAGAGGCGGGAGCGGCGGGGGCAGGCUCGAUCCCCGCCACCCCUUCCCGCGAGAGGCCAGUCUCCGAGGUGGCCUAGGGAGGAAAGGCAAGCGGAGCGCAGGAGGAGGAUGACCGCCCGGCUGCGCCUCGGGCUGCUCUGGCUGGUGCCGCUGCUGCUGCUGGCCGGGCCGUGCGGCGGCGCCAUGGACGAGUGCGGGGACCAGCCGGGCCGGCAGCCGCAGCGCUGCAUGCCCGAGUUCGUCAACGCCGCCUUCAACGCCACCGUGGUGGCCACCGACACGUGCGGCAGCCCGGCCGAGGAGUACUGCGUGCAGACGGGCGUCACCGGGGUCACCAAGUCGUGCCACCUGUGCGACGCCUCCCAGCCGCUCCUGGCGCAUGGCGCCGCCUUCCUCACCGACUACAACAACCAGGCCGACACCACCUGGUGGCAGAGCCAGACCAUGCUGGCAGGGGUCCAGUACCCCAGCACCAUCAACCUCACCUUGCACCUGGGAAAGGCGUUUGAUAUUACAUAUGUGCGUCUGAAAUUCCACACCAGCCGGCCGGAGAGUUUUGUCAUCUACAAGCGUACUCGGGAAGAUGGUCCAUGGGUGCCUUACCAGUAUUACAGUGGAUCGUGUGAGAACACUUACCACAAGCUCAAUCGAGGCUUCAUCAGGACUGGGGACGAUGAACAGCAAGCACUUUGCACGGAUGAGUUCAGCGACAUCUCUCCGCUCACUGGAGGCAAUGUGGCCUUUUCAACUUUGGAGGGGAGGCCCAGCGCUUACAACUUUGACAACAGUCCAGUUUUACAGGAAUGGGUAACUGCUACUGAUAUCAGAGUAAGCCUCAAUCGUCUUAACACCUUUGGAGAUGAAGUAUUUAAUGAUCCCAAAGUUCUCAAGUCAUAUUAUUAUGCCAUUUCCGACUUCGCUGUGGGUGGCAGGUGCAAGUGUAACGGCCACGCGAGCGAGUGUGUGAAGAACGAAUAUGGAAAACUCGCUUGCACUUGUAAACACAAUACCUUUGGGGUUGACUGUGAGAAGUGCCUCCCUUUUUACAAUGACCGGCCUUGGCGAAGAGCAACUGCAGAGAGUGCCAGCGAAUGUUUGCCUUGCAACUGCAAUGGACGGUCCCAGGAGUGUUACUUUGAUCCUGAGCUGUAUCGUUCCACAGGCCAUGGUGGCCACUGCUCAGGUUGCUUUGGUAACACUGACGGGCCCAACUGUGAGAGGUGUCGGGAAAACUUCUACCGUGUCGGUAGUGAGGAAAACUGUCUGCCGUGUAACUGCAACCCUGUUGGGUCUCUCAGCACGCAGUGCGACAACUACGGGAGGUGCAGUUGUAAACCUGGGGUGAUGGGUGACAAAUGUGAUCGGUGUCAGCCGGGAUUCCAUUCUCUCACAGAAGCUGGUUGCAGGCCAUGUUCUUGUGACCCUGCUGGAAGUACAGGUGAAUGCAACGUGGAAACGGGACGCUGUGCCUGCAAGGACAACGUAGAAGGGUUCAACUGUGAGAGGUGUAAGCCUGGCUUUUUUAAUCUGGAUCAAGUCAAUCCCAGGGGAUGUACUCCCUGCUUCUGCUUUGGACACUCAUCAGUCUGUACUAAUGCCAUUGGCUACAGCAUCUACAGAAUUACCUCCAGUUUCCAGAGCGGAGAGGAAGAUUGGCACGCUGAACAACGAGAUGGCUCUGAAGUCUCAGUUCAGUGGAUUGCUGAAACUCAAGAAAUCUCUGUGGUCUCGGAAACACCUUUCCCCAUCUAUUUCAUCGCACCAGGCAAGUUCCUUGGGAAUCAAGUCUUGAGUUAUGGCCAAAACUUGACAUUCUCCUUUCGGGUUGAUAGGCGAGACACACGCCUUUCUGCUGAGGAUAUAGUUCUUGAAGGUGCUGGAUUGAGAGUGUCUAUACCUCUCAUUGCUCAAGGCAACUCCUACCCUAGUGAGAACUCGCUGAAGUAUUCCUUCAGACUCCAUGAAGCAACCGACUAUCCCUGGAGGCCUUCUCUAAUGCCAUUUGAGUUCCAGAAACUGCUUCAUAACUUAACAGCUAUCAAGAUUCGUGGGACCUACAGUGAAAGAAAUGCUGCAUAUCUGGAUGAUGUCACCAUUACGAGUGCUAGACGUGGACCUGGAAUCACAGCUCCAUGGGUGGAAAGUUGUACAUGUCCCACAGGUUACCUGGGCCAGUUCUGUGAAGAAUGUGCCCUGGGCUACAGGAGAGAAACCCCUAGCCUUGGUCCUUAUAGUCCAUGUGUGCCAUGUUUCUGCAACGGACACAGUGAUAUCUGUGACCGUGAAUCCGGAGCGUGCGACUGCAGAGACAACACAGCAGGUCCUCACUGUGAGAAGUGCAGUGAUGGCUACUAUGGAGAUGCGACAGUGGGCACUUCUUCAGAUUGUCAACCGUGUCCCUGUCCGGGGGGCUCGAGCUGCGCCAUAGUGCCCAAAACCAAGGAGGUGGUUUGUACUAACUGCCCAGUUGGUACCACAGGUAAAAGAUGUGAGCUGUGUGACGAUGGCUAUUUUGGGGAUCCUCUUGGUGAGAACGGCCCAGUCCGGCUUUGCCGCCUCUGUCUAUGCAGUGAUAACAUUGAUCCCAAUGCUGUUGGUAACUGCAACCGCUUGACAGGAGAAUGUCUGAAAUGCAUCUAUAAUACGGCUGGCAUCUAUUGUGACCGGUGCAAAGAUGGAUUCUUUGGGAAUCCCUUAGCCCCAAAUCCAGAGGACAAGUGCAAAGCUUGCAACUGCAAUCCUUACGGCACAGUGAACGUGCAGACGAGCUGUAAUCAAGUAACAGGUCAAUGUGAGUGCCUGCCCCAUGUCAUUGAGAGGGCCUGCAGUUCCUGUGAGCCUGGGUUCUACAAUUUGCAAAGUGGACGUGGCUGUGAGAGGUGUGACUGCCAUCCACUGGGUUCCACUGACGGACACUGUGACAUACAGACCGGGCAAUGUGAAUGCCAGCCGGGGAUCACUGGCCAGCGUUGCGAGAGGUGUGAGGCCAACCAUUUUGGAUUUGGUCCUGAAGGCUGCAAACCGUGUGACUGCGACCCAGAAGGUUCUUAUUCUCUUCAGUGUAAAGAGGAUGGUCGCUGUGAGUGUAAACAAGGGUUUGUGGGGACUCGCUGUGACCAGUGUGAAGAGAACUACUUCUACAACCGGUCCUGGCCAGGCUGCCAAGAGUGCCCUGCCUGCUACAGAUUGGUGAAAGACAAGGUGGCAGAACAGCGAGAGAGAUUGCAGGAGCUAGAAAACCUUAUAGCCAACCUAGGAACAGGUGAUGAUGCCAUAACAGAUCAGGCCUUUGAAGACAGGUUGAAGGAAGCAGAGAGAGAUGUCAUGGACUUGCUUAAGAAUGCCCAAAACAGCAAAGAUGUAGAUCAGGGCUUGAUGGAUCGUCUCCAUGAGAUCAACAGAACCCUGUCUGGUCAACUUGGCCGGUUAAGAAACAUCCAGAAGACAGUAGCAGAUACAGAAAACCUUGCUGGACAAGCCCGCAACCGGGUGGACGACACAGCUCAACUGAUCAAAACUGCUUCAGAUAAGCUGGCGAGAGCAUCGGAAGCAGUUUCCAAAGUGACUCUUCCGUCACCAGACUUGAUCAGCGAUCCCAAUAAUAUGACCGUCCUUGUAGAAGAGGCCCGUCAGCUAGCUCAGCGGCAUAAGCAAGAGGCUGACGACAUCGUGCGCAUAGCCAAAGAAGCAAAUGAUACAUCAACGCAGGCGUAUAAAUUGCUCUUGGAUACACUGGCAGGAGAGAAUCAAACAGUAAAUGACAUCAGUGACCUUAAUAGAAAGUAUAAUCAAGCAAAAGACAUCUCCCGAGAUCUGGAAAAGCAAGCGACCAAAGUCCAUGCUGAAGCAGAGGAAGCCGGGAACAAGGCUCUUCAGAUCUAUGCUAAUCUCACCAGCCUACCAGUUGUGGAUGUAGAAGGACUGGAGAAAGAGGCAAAGAAGAUCAAGGAGGAAGCCAACGAACUGGAUCAGCUAAUUAAUAGGAAGCUGAAGAAUUACGAGGAUCUUAUUGAAGACAUGAAGGGGAAAGAACUGGAAGUGAAAAAUCUUUUGGAGAAAGGGAAGACUGAACAGCAGACGGCCGAUCAGCUGCUGGCUCGAGCGGAUGCUGCCAAAGCUCUGGCCGAAGAAGCGGCCAGGAAGGGGAACAACACAUUCCAGGAGGCCAAAGACAUUCUUGGCAAUCUAAAAGACUUUGACAAGCGUGUCAAUGAUAACAAAACAGCCGCUGAGGAUGCCUUGAAAAAGAUUCCUGCUAUUACCCGGACCAUCACAGAGGCCAAUAAUAAAACACUGCAAGCUGAGCUGGCACUGGGCAACGCAGCUGCGGAUGCCAGGGAAGCAAAGAACAGAGCUGAUAAUGCUGAGAAAAUUGCUAAUUCCGUACAGAAGAACGCUGCAACAGCGAAGGCCGAUGCCGACAAGACCUUUGCGACUGUCACUGAGCUGGACAAAGAAAUGGAUGAUAUGUUGCAGCAACUGCACGACGCAGAGGAAGAGCUGAAGAAGAAACAAGACAGUGCAGACCAAGAUAUGAUGAUGGCAACAAUGGCUUCACAAGCUGCUCAGGAAGCAGAAGACAACGCAAGGAAAGCAAAGAACUCUGUGAACAGCUUGCUCAAUAUGAUUAACGACCUACUUGGGAAAUUAGGGGAUCUAGAGACGGUGGACUUGAGCAAACUAGAGGAAAUUGAACGUACCUUAAAUACCGCCCAGAACCAGAUGAGGGACAACGAUCUGGAUAGAAAAGUGUCUGAUCUAGAAAAGGCAGCAGAGAAGCAGGCCAGUGCCAUUGAUGAAUACAACAGGGACAUUGACGCCAUCUUGAAAGACAUUGCUAAUCUAGAGGACAUCAAGAACACCUUGCCAACCGGCUGCUUUAACACCCCAUCCAUUGAGAAACCCUAAGGAUGUGCUAAAGGCAGGGGGGGGCUUCCCCUCAGUGACUGGUGGAGCAGUUAUUUGGCCAUGGAGUGCCUUAAUUCCUAAAAUUACCUUCUUCAGGACCCUCACCACAUCUCCCAUUACAGCUCUCAGUUGUUCUUUCCCAAUUCAAGAGAAAACAAACUUCUGAAUGAAAAGCAAAUUUAAGAAUUGGUCUUUUGGGCUUUGAGACAACUAUAUAUACAGGUUCUCCUGCUCAAACGCACUCCACUUGAUCCCUCUUUCUCAGAAAACACUCCCCUUUUAAUUUACACAAUGAUGUGAAAUAUUCUGGACUGUUGUACUGAACUGUAGAAGUGGCCAUGGGAAAUGGUGUACAGUUGGAUCGCAAACAAUCUUUUUUUUCUUCAUUCCCUUCUUUCUUGUAUCGUUCUUCUCCUUUCUUCCCCCACUUAUUUUGUGUUCUUUUUUUCUAUGAAGGAAAAGGUUUGGCUACCAAAGUGUUCAAUAGUAAUGGCCAGUUGCAGCCACACGUUGUAAGAAGCAUCAAAGGCCUUCUCAAUAACCACACAUUAAAAACAAAGAGAAUGAAAAGCCAGCCAUAUAUAUAAUUGGCCAAUAAAAUCACAAUUUUUGGUAGCCAGUUGCCAGUUUUCUAACGUGCAAUAUGUAUAUCCCGUUCCUAAGGCACAGAUUCUUAGAAACAGCUUUUGCGGAGUCAUAGGGGAAGAGUGAUGCAUUAGGUCUCCACGGUGCUAUAUCUUGGCCUUUGGCCUCUGAGAACAAAGGCAGACAUUGAAUUUCUGAAGAUGGGAAAAUCUGCUUGUGAUCAGGAUUAAUUCCUGUCACCAGCCAGUCACUAAAAAUCUCAUUUUCCAGGGACAACUGGAUUAACGUGAACAGAUUCUCUCUCAAUCAGACUUCGGUUUCUUUCCUUUUUUAUGAAAUCAACCAUCCAGAAAGAACUUCUCUUCCUAGACAUGCUUGUGAAGUCGUCAUAAUCUUCUAAGUGUUAGAAAACGGGCCAGAUCUUUCCAGCCCUGUCUUCCAUGGAAAUUGGCUGGUGUUUCUUUUAUCCCGGGAGGCUUUUCUUUUUGUCUGAUGGCUGAGAAAUUCUACAAUACAGUUGAUCCAGUUUUUCUGGGAAAGGACACCAGGCCUAAUUUCUGGGAUAAAUAAUUCCCUAAAGUUUGUAGUAUUUACAAAUACAGUUGUCUGCCGCUCAGCACGAAUUUCUGCCUUCCUCGAGGUUCUCUCCCUCUUCCACUAUCCAUGUUAGUUUAUCUUCCUAAUAGGGAGAAGACAGCUCUGUUGUUUCUUCACGCCCAUAUAAGUCAGCCAUUAGAGGAAAUUAUCAGUCUCUGGUUUCCUUGAUAGAGUGAUCAGAGGCUUCCACCCCACCCCCCUGCCUUUUUGAGAUCCAUGUAUACCUGCCCUUAAACACUAUGCAACUUUGUACGUUUGCGUAGAGGGGAAGAAAUUUAUUAUCUGACACACACACUGGUGCUAUUAAUUAUUUCAAAUUUAUAUUUUUGUGUGAAUGUGGGUAUUUUUUUUGUGUUUUUUAAUCAUGAUUAUAGUGUGAGGAAAAGUCUAUUCCCCUCCCCUAAUUCCUUCAUGUAAAUAGGCUUGGUCUUUUUUUUUUCUAAAAUGGCACUGUUCUCCUCUAUGCUUUCUCUUAACCAUCACAGUACAUGCACUCUGUCCUUAUUACUCUGGGGGCGGGGGGGAGGGGGUGUUCAGGUAUUUUCCCUGCCCAGUCUCCUAACUACUUUGCACACUCAUGUGUUGGCAGUUAACAGUUUUGUUUGAUGUUAACAUUAGCCUUCUUUCUUGUAUACUGAGGCAAGGUACCAAUUGUUUAUGUCUUCUUUUAAAAGCCAGCAUGGAUGCUCAGAAGAUGGAGGGCACUCACUUGUGUAGAACUGACAUUCAUUGGACCUUUUCGUGCAAUAUUUUGCAUUCCAGGACUCUACCUGAAGUAUGAUCAGGGACGUGGCUUCAGAUCUAUGCAUCUUGUCCUCCUCUGUCAGUGGAAGUGGGAUUAGUUUCUGCGUUCAGAUAAAUUCAGUUUGCUCCCUACCUUUCCACUUAUGAUGAGGGGAACACUAGAAAGUGCAUAUAAAUCUGAGGCCCACUCACAGCACAGUCCUGAGGGACAAAGUAUUGUCUGCAUAGGCCCUCUGUCUCUGGUUUCCAAAUUUGGCUUGGAUCCACUGGAGUGUUUCUGCUUACAGAAGGGUUUCCAGUCAUGGGACAUUACUUUCUCUCCUCCCCCCUCUCCCUUUAGCUUAAAAUAUCAUCCAAAUGCUGUCCUUGAAACAGCAUUUGGGAAGGCAAAUACUUAAAGGUCCUACUCAGGCAAAAAUCCUUCCAUCUACAGAAACAUUCCCAGAGAUCUAAGUCACUAUGUUCAAACAGAUUUAAUGUUAUAAGCUGUUGCAGACUUUUUGCCGUGCUUGUGAUGCAACCUAUUCAGGGGUGUCCAAUUCUGGCGCUUCAGAUGUUCAUGGACUACAAUUCCCAUCAGCCCAUGCUGGCAUGGCCAAUUGCCAGCAGGGGCUGAUGAGAAUUGUAGUCCAUGAACAUCCGAAGCGCCAGAGUUGGACACCCCUGAACUAUAUCCUUGGGCUAGUUCUCACUGUGAUGAUAGACCUGUGACUGAGCAGUACUGCUUUAGACCAGUGGGGUGGUUUAGAGCGUUGAACUAGUACUGAAACCUAGAUGCAGGUGGCUUUGGCCCAUUCACACAGUCAGCCUAACCUACCUCUCAAGUGUGGAUAAAAAGAAAGGGGGGAGGAUUAGAUAUGAUGCCCAGAAGUCUUUAGGGAAAAUGGAAGGAUAAAAAUAGUGAAAAGGCAUAAAAAUACCCCUACAGAAAUGGUCUCCAUGGAAAAGUAGACUCAGGCACAAAUACUUUAUGCUGUUGACAUGCUAAUUUUCUUUUUAUCAGGUAGGAGCUUUCAGCCCUGUGAGCCCCCACCCGCACAGUCUCAAGUAAUAUAGCCCAGACACAGGUUUUCCCACCUGAGUAAAAAAGAAGUUGUUGUUAUAGGCUCAGUACCCAAGUCUUAUUGCAAAAUAGUGGCCUUUUCUGCUUGCAUUGUUGUAUGAGGGGAGGUUGUGUUUUCAGUCACUGAGGAUUACUGUAUAUUCCAGGGGUGUGGUAUGGGGCUAAUCCCUCCCUUCUUGGAAACAAAUGACUUCUCAAAGGUUUACAUGAAACCAACUUGCCUGCCUACCACCCUGAAGCCAUUUACUGGAAACGACCUUGUGUUGUGGCACGUCACACUUGACGCUUCAGUAUUUUUUGUCUGGCUGAGCCAGUCAGAUGGCUGUGUUCUAACUGUAUCACCUCUCCAUCAUAGUAGAGCUUGCUUUUUGCAUGCUUCUGGCCUUAAGGUUCCCUGUCUUUCUUAAUAUUUGUCUCUUUUUUUGCUGAAAAACCGGUUUUAACAGAUUUUUUAAAUUUUUAAAUAAAUAAAAGACCUUUGUAGGAAUCCUCUUAAUUACAAAUACUGCGUUAACAGCCAUUAUCACAUUUGUUAGAGGUCCAAGUUAUUUCUUUUACGUAACAGAGACGACACAGCCGCUGCUCGCAGAAACACACCCAGGUGCUACAGCAGAUACCCAUUUGAAGAGUUCCCCUCAUUUUACUUUUUAUUCUUGACUGUGAGCACCCCGUAUGUGCCUUUAUUCCCUCUCCCUCAUUUUUCUUUUUGCCUUAAAUCUGUGGUCUUGCUGUCUGGGGGCAGUGAACAGCAACAACAAAUGCAACACUUGGCAGUUUUUAUGUAUAAAACAGUAUUUCUUAUUUAUAAUAAAGUCUGAAUAUUUGUAACCCCUUA